AUGCAGACCGUGCCGGCGACUGCCAAGACGUCUGCAGCCGCAGGCGCAGCCGCAACAAGCAGCAUCAACACGCGGGAGAAACAGUGCAUGGCAUUUCUCGAAACUUCUCGGAAAGCAGGUGAUCAGUCGCAUCCCCCUAACCCUUCGAUACGGACAUAUCAUCUUGUGUGUGGAAGAUUCUACGUCGAGCAUUUUGCAGGAAUCACGACCGUCUUCCUGCAAGAGAGCAAAAAAGGGAGGCAAGCCACUCACAACAUGUGGGUGAUGCAGAAGAAAAGCGCCACCAGCUGUGUUCCUCGCAGAGUUGCUUCUUUUGGAGGAUUCCUGCAUCAACGUCAUUGA